CGUCGGGCGUGCGUGCAGCUCGCGGAGACUAUGGCGUCCGGGCCUCACCCGACCUCCACCGCCGCCGCCGCCGCCUCGUCGGCCGCGCCGAGCGCGGGCGGCUCCAGCUCGGGCACGGCGACCACGACGACGACGACGGGAGGGAUUCUGAUCGGCGACCGCCUCUACUCGGAGGUGUCGCUCACCAUCGACCACUCGCUGAUCCCGGAGGAGCGGCUGUCGCCCACCCCGUCCAUGCAGGACGGGCUGGACCUGCCCAGCGAGACGGACCUGCGCAUCCUGGGCUGCGAGCUCAUCCAGGCCGCGGGCAUCCUCCUCCGGCUUUCUAGUUCACCAAAGAUGAUUGUUGCCAUGGCCUGUAUUAACCUUGCAUCAAAAAUCGAAGAAGCUCCCAGAAGGAUAAGAGAUGUGAUCAAUGUAUUCCACCACCUCCGCCAGUUAAGAGGAAAAAGGACUCCAAGCCCUCUGGUCCUUGACCAGAACUACAUUAACACCAAAAACCAAGUGAUCAAGGCGGAACGGAGGGUGCUGAAGGAGCUGGGGUUCUGUGUCCAUGUCAAGCACCCCCACAAGAUCAUUGUAAUGUAUUUACAAGUCCUAGAGUGCGAACGUAACCAAACCCUCGUUCAGACUGCCUGGAAUUAUAUGAACGACAGUCUGCGGACCAAUGUUUUUGUUCGCUUUCAACCAGAGACUAUAGCAUGCGCGUGCAUCUACCUGGCGGCCAGGGCUCUCCAGAUCCCACUGCCCACUCGUCCCCACUGGUUUCUUCUUUUUGGCACUACAGAAGAGGAAAUUCAAGAAAUCUGCAUCGAGACGCUUCGGCUCUACACCAGGAAAAAGCCUAACUAUGAAUUGCUAGAAAAGGAAGUAGAGAAGAGAAAAGUAGCCUUACAGGAAGCCAAGUUGAAAGCAAAGGGACUGAAUCCAGAUGGGACCCCAGCCCUCUCCACCCUGGGCGGCUUCUCCCCAGCCUCCAAGCCCUCGUCACCUAGAGAAGUAAAAGCCGAAGAGAAGUCCCCGGCAUCCCUCAGUGUGAAGAUGGUCAAAAAGGAGCCUGAGGACAGACAGCAGGCUUCCAAAAGCCCUUACAAUGGUGUAAGAAAAGACAGCAAGAGAAGCAGGAACAGCAGAAGUGUGAGUCAGUCCAGGUCACGGACGCGGUCCCGGUCUAGAUCACACACGCCACGAAGACAUUACAACAACAGGCGGAGCCGCUCAGGGACAUACAGCUCUCGCUCCCGCAGCCGGUCCCGCAGCCACAGCGAGAGCCCCCGGCGCCACCACAACCACGCCUCUCCCCCUCACUUGAAGGCCAAGCACACCAGAGAGGACUUAAAAAGCUCCAACAGACACGGCCACAAGAGGAAAAAGUCCCGUUCUCGCUCCCAGAGCAAGUCUCGUGAUCAUUCCGACGCUGCCAAGAAGCACAGACACGAGCGGGGCCACCACAGGGAGCGGCGGGAGCGGUCACGCUCCUUCGAGCGGGCGCACAAGGGCAAGCACCACGGCGGCAGCCGCUCGGGCCACAGCAGACACCGGCGCUGACCCCUGCGGCCAGGUGUGCGGACUCAACCCCAAGUGAUUAGGAUUCGAUUGCUUCAGACUAGGUCUCUAGAAACAUGGAAGACAUUUGCUUUCGAAAAGAACUAUGUUGAAAUUCUUUUGCACAUUAAAAUGCCCUAGCAGUAUCUAAUUGCAAACCAUGGUCAGGUUCGAUUGUACUUUAUUAUAGUUGUGUAUUGUUUAUUGCUAUAAGAACUGGAGCGUGAAUUCUGUAAAAAUGUAUCUUAUUUUUAUACAGAUAAAACUGCAGACACUGUUCUAUUUAAGUGGUUUAUUUGUUUAAAUGAUGGUGAAUACUUUCUUAACACUGGUUUGUCUGCAUGUGUAAAGAUUUUUACAAGAAAAUAAAAUACAAAUCUUGUUUUUCUAAA